GGUGCCCUAAGUUGCUAAGGGUUAAUAAUUAACCCACUAAGUCCCCUUCCCCUGUGCCCUUUGCCCCAGAGGGCAGCAUCCCCGCGGGGAAGGACCGGAUGAAAAGGAGUACGGGGAUUCACCGACGAAGAGGAUGGCGGCGGGGGGAUGGGUUCGUCAGCGACCACAGGUCUCUGCGUUUGCCUUCCGCGUGGGGCCAGGUGGUAGUAAGAGAAAGAGGGCCUGGGGUCGAACCAGCUCCCCCACUGAGCCAUGGCGCGGGCCCUACAUUAGCUCUGGGCUUGAAUUCUCGCCACUGUAAAUUGAGGACAAUAAUAGGUACUUUGUCGAUCUCACCUGAGGAUUAAAUGGUAACCUAUGUGCAAACACUGUACAUGGAAAAUCUUACCACAAUUGCUCCAUAAAUCUUUCCCUAUGAAGUUCAAACGCAGGGCACCUGGGUCCAGGAAGUACCCCCUUCUAAAUUCACAAGACUGUCUCCAGGGGACCUGUCUCCAUCUGGAUGUUUUAUACGUUUACAUUUUUGCGGCUUAGUUUCUGUUAAACCCCAGAUUGGUUCCAGCUCUCCCAUUACUCAUUUUUUUGAGUGUGUGAUUUUUUUUUUUUUUUUUUUUUUAAGUAAUCUCUCCGCCCAACAUAGGGCUUGAACUCAUGACCUGAAGGUCAGGAGUAGUAUGCUCUAUGGACUGAGGCAAGCAAGCACGCCCCCCACAUUAUACUUCAAACCAAACUUUAUGAACUAUUUCUGCAUCCAGGCCCUGUCCUAAGCCUCAAGAAGACGAAAGAGCCUUCACACAGCUCCAGGUCCUGUGGAAAAUGUAUCACAUCUUCCCCAUGCAGAUGUGGGCUCCGAUGAAGACAGGAGCCUUGUUUUUCCUGGUUGCUGUUCUAUUUGCAGCACUUAGAAUAGUGCUAGGCCAAAAUACAUUAUUGCUAUAUAAAUAUGUAUUGAAUAAACACAGGAAAGUGUGGAGAGCAGGCAAAUCGGGUGGUGUACCCCAUGACACAUGAGCCUUUUUUGUUUCUUCCCCAAAUAGGAGUCCACCUGGUGGUCAUAGCUAGGAAAACACUCAGGGGAAGGACCCAGGAAGUGAUGUCAGAAACAGCAUCUCUUGGGGUGCCUUUGUGCCUCAGUCUGUUAAGGAUCUGCCUUAGGCUCCGGUUAUGACCUCAGGGUCCUGGGGUUGAGUCUCACGUGGGGCUCCCUGCUCCACAGGGAGCCUGAGCCUGCUUCUUUUCCCUCAGCCUGCUGCUCCCCCUGCUUCUGCUCUCCCUCUGUGUCAAAUAGAUAAGUCAAUCUCUCUCUCUCUCUCUCACACACACACACACACACACACACAACCAAAAAACAGCAUCUCUUGUUCUUAGGGGUUCUUAAUCCCCUGUCCAUAAACUUCCUAGAAUUGUUCCUGUCUGUGUAUGUUUUCUUCUUAGGGAAAGGGGUACCCCAGAUUCUCUGGGACUCAGGGCUGCAAUCACUAAGGAGGUCCUUUCUAGCUCGCACAGUUUCUGGAUUCUUGCCCCAUCUCUCCCUCUAAUGCUCCCUCCAAUCCUGGAGGUCCCUAAGGUUGCUGGUUACGCAUCCUCUCCAGCAUAUCAGAACAUCCUUUCCAUUCCCAGACGGAGGGUCUCUCCACUUCCCAGAGUUGGAGCAUUUCCCAGCUUGCUGACGUUGAUCUUAGGCACGUCACUUGCCAUCUCUAAGCCCCAUUUCCACCAUCUGCGGAGUAGAAAGAGUAAUCCCCCCUCCCACACCCGCCGUGAGGAUUGAGUAACAACACCAGCAGAACAGAACCAGAACGAGGCUGUAGUAAAUGCUCAGUGGGGGGGGUGGGGUGGGGUUCAUUCAACUGUUGGUCAGUUCUCUGGGCCCCUUCUCCUCUUCUCCGGUGCUGGAAGCCUCUGUCUCCUUGAGCAGAGGUGGAGUGUGCAAGGUUCCCGGAACGGAUUAGUUUCGGGUGUCACUUAAUCCAGGGGGCCCUUCCGUAAUCAGAGCCUUCAGAGGAGCAGAGAUGGUAUAAAUCUGCGUAAGGGGCCAGGCUCACAGAGGCUGCAGGAUGGAGAGGGGGCCAGGAGCCCAGUUGCUGCUGCUGCUAUGGGCCACCUGCUGGGGACACGCACCAGCAGACCAUCUGAGCGACUACGCAUCAGUCAUCGACGUGACCAACGGGGGUCCUUGGGGUGACUGGGCCUGGCCCGAGAUGUGUCCUGAUGGAUUCUUCGCCAGCGGGUUCUCGCUCAAGGAGGAGCCCCCACAAGGCAUUCCUGGUGAUGACACUGCUUUGAACGGGAUCCGACUGCACUGCUCGCGGGGGAACGCAGAGCGCAACAAGCACGUGGUGCAGUCCCAGUCUGGAAGGUGGGGCGUGUGGAGUGAGCCCCUGUGGUGUCCAGGGGAUGGCUUCCUCGUGGCUUUCUCACUGCGUGUGGAGGAUCCGGAGACCCGGGGGGACAACACGGCGGCCAACAACGUGCGCUUCCGCUGCUCUGACGGCACGGAGCUGGAGGGGUCAGGCCUGGCCUGGGGUGACUUUGGAGAGUGGAGUAAGGCCUGCCCCAAAGGCAUGUGCGGUUUGCAGACCAAGGUGGAGCAGCCGAGGGGCCUCCUGGACGACACCGCGCUCAACGAUGUGCGCUUUUUCUGCUGCAGCAGUUAACCAGGGCCCCGGCCCCCGGGGGCCAGUCCCACCGCUCGCUAUUAAAGCUUCUCUGUCUUGGC